AUGAGUUCGGAUGACGAGGUUUACUUUGACGCUCCGGAGGAACUUGAUGAUGUGGACACUUCAAUUACUAAUAGUUCUCUUUUGCCGGAGCACGCAUGUAGGCGCAAUCGCAUCGAGUCUCUAAAGAAAAGUGCAAGGAAUUUUGCCAGAUCUUCGGACAUUUCAAAAUAUUCACACUUUGGCUCGAUUGAGCCAGCAUCUGCUGUGGUGAGCAUGGAUAUUGUAAUGGACCAAUUCUGGAAUCUGAUCCAUUCCCUCCUCUUCCACCCACUAUUGCUUCUUCUCGUCUUCACAGCCGUACAUUUCCCGAAAAGAACUCAUUUUUUCCAAGAAAUGGUAAUUUUCAUUUGCUAUCUAGACUUGCGAACACUCUCCUUCCUCCUAGGCCUUCAGCGUUCCCUCUAUCCCUUUGAUGGCAACUUUGAAGAAAACACUAAAAUCCGGUCGCAAACUGCCCACCCCAUAUGCUUUUCCUCCGUUCUGGCGCCUUUCACUUUUGAGCGCUCUGCGCCCAUUUCUUCCGCACCUGAGGUGAGUCUUUGCCGACAUCGUCCAAACAAGGAGGAUUAUGUGAAAUCGUGGUCACUGGAUGCUACGCGCUGUCGUCCCCAGCUGCUGGUAAAUGACCAUAGGCAUAGUCUGCUCGUAUCGCCACUGCCUUCUCUACCCAUGGAGCCAUUGCUGGAUCGUUCCGAGGGUUCUGAAAUCGAUGUUCCCCCACAGCACCAGUCACAAAUGGACGCUUGCGUUCAGGCGAACAUCGGGGCGGUGGCUCAUCAAGGGGUGGUAGCUACCACUAAUGAAACUCAGAUGCCGCCUAACGAGACUCCUGCCGUACUGCGAGCCAAGGUUGCCACAGCCACCCUGCCCGGCAGUAGCGUCAACCCAAUGUCACUUGACUACCGUACUCGAACUCUCAGUGCUUCGAGCCUACACAACAGUGGUGAGUUCGAAAAGCUAGACAGUGAACACAGCGGUUCCCAUCGAAAUCCCAACUUAUUGUCUGGUUUCCGUCGUCUUCACACGGCUUUUCGCGGAGCUGUUAAUGCGGUGCGUUCAGCCACGAAGGCUAAAAGUAGGUCAACUUCGGACUAUGCUAGUAGUGGACAAAUUAUUGAGCUUUUUUCACCUCCAGUUUUCAAUCAAGACGAGGCCUCUUCUGAAGAAGACGACGAAGUCAUUGGAAACCAGGGAAUAAGGUUGCGUUGUUCACGGAAAAUAAAGGGUCACAAGGAAUUCCUCCAAAUCAAACUUGUGCAGAAGAUGGACAAUGAACACAUUGGCGCCAUUUGGGCCAUGCGUUCCUCACCCUGUGGUCGGCUUUUGGCCACUGCUGGCUACGAUCGAAACAUUCGGAUUUGGGUGCUACGCCAGUGGUACAAUCACUUCAGGAAUAUGCUUCAAGCACGGGCCAGUCAGAUGCAGCAAGGCGACGAGGCCUCCCCAAGCAUUAAUUCUACUGAGAUAGAUGACAUUGAUAUCGAUUCUGUCAGUAUGACCUCAGUCUCCUUCUCUACUAGUCGAAUGGAUGACGGCGGCAGUUCGUGCAGCAGUUCAGGCCUUCUUGAUUCGGUCUCCAUAUCAACACGUAGCCGUGGCGAAGUCGCAUCCUCUGAUCUUCUCCUGCUGAGCUCAGAGUCGCGACUCUCCUCUUCGUCAACUUACUAUCAUCCCCAACCCUUACUAGUGUAUCGAGGUCAUGAGGGUGUAAUUACUGAAUUGGCGUGGUCAAAGAAUCUCUUCCUUUUGAGUACGGGUAUGGAUCGGCAGGUGCGCCUCUGGCAUGUCUCACGCCAGGAAUGUCUCUGUGCCUUCAGUCACAAUGAUACUGUGCCUGCUAUCGUCUUUCACCCCAAGGACGAUCGCUAUUUUCUCUCGGGCAGUCUGGACGGAAAGCUUCGACUCUGGAAUAUCCCGGACAAGAAGGUGCGAUUCUGGGUAGACGUACCACUGCCCUCUUGCUUGCCCUCUCCAUCCUCCCCUGCGGCCUCCGUGGGAGGCGGUGGAACAGAGCUCAAGACUAUCAUUACCUGCGCCACCUUCGCCUGUGACAGCACUAAGGUUGUUGUUGGCAGCUACGACGGUCGUGUAAUGUUCUUCAACACCGAGUUGACCUACAUUACUUUUAUAACGGUCAAGUCGGUCUCUGGGCGUUGUCAGCAGUGCCGUGUGACUGCGAUUGAGGUUGAUCCCACAGAUUCCAAUAAGAUUCUUGUGACCUCAAAUGACUCUCGCGUGCGGUUGAUCGAUGCAAGGGAUUAUCACACGUUGUGCAAAUAUCGCGGCUUUCUCAACGAAACUAGUCAAAUUCGGGCAUCUUUUAGCGCAACUGGUCGCUACCUAAUUUCGGGCUCAGAAAAUUGCUUCUUUUACAUCUGGCGCAAACAAAUGGACUUCCUCAACGUCUCACGUUUUUCCUCAACUCGGAAGGACCGCAACAACUGUUGGGAGGCAAUCAAGGCGCACGACUCGGUGGUGACCGUGGCGAUUUUCUUACCCAACCCCGACCUCCUUCUUGAUAGGCGCCAGCGUCGAAACUCGGGAAGGCGACGUACGGGUACGGACCAUGCGAUGCGAAUGAAAAUGUCCAGCAAAGUGGCUACCUACUGGGGCGAGGUCAUUGUCUCUGCCGAUUGCAAUGGGUGUAUUCGAGUAUUUAAGAACCGUGCCCCUCUCAUUGCUGCCGCUUCGUCCACUCACACUGGUUCCUGA